AUGGAUCAGUUAACAGUGAGCUAUGGUUUGAUUUCCCCAGAUUAUUGCACUUCACCAGAUGCGCACAUUUUACCAAUAACAAAAAUCUUAUAUCCAGAUGUGCCUGGUAAAGACUAUUUUCUGACUUCAGGAAGGGAUGGUUCUAUCAUCCUGCACAAGAAUACGCAACUUUCGAAUGGCCUUAGGUCGAAGACCACUGCCUCUUCAAACGAUGCGAUAAGAAUGCAAGUUCAUAGCGAUUGGGCAAGCGAUCUAAUACAUGUUAAUAUGAAAAACACAGACCCAUCUGGCGGAGACACAUUCAUAUCAGUAAGCCAUGAUUUCUCCAUAGUGUUAGUUAGCGUGAAUGCUCAAUUGACUACCUGGGAAAAGAAAAUAAUUGGGGAUCACGACGAUUAUAUCAAGUGUAUAGUACCUAUAAAUUAUGAUAUGUUGCAUGGUUAUGGACUUGAUGAACGCGAGGGCAGCGCCGAUGCUGAUUAUGACGAUACCAACAAUAGAUUUGCCAUUGAUGACCGUAAUUACUUCAUCUUCGCAACAGGUGGUUUAGAUAGAAAAAUUAAAGUUUGGUGUCUAAGCAACGGGGCAGAAAAAAUGGUCACUCUACUUCACACCUUUGAUAAUGCUCAAUCAAACGAUACAGGGUCUAUAUAUUCUAUGAGUUCGGUCGUCCCAAAAUACAAUUGUGGUGACGAUGAAACAGCACGUUCCUUUGAUUUAGUUGCCGGAGAUUGUAAUGGUGAUUUAAUUUUCUAUUCAUGUAGGGAUCGUAAAGAAGUUAUGAGAAUUGAAAACGCCCACAAGACUAACAUCAAAGUAGUAAGAACGGUUAAUGACUCUUCAAGAUUGAUAAGUACUAGUUCAGACGGUGUGAUAAAUGUAUGGGAUUUGAAUUGUAUGCGCGAUAAGACUAGUGGUGUUAUUCAGGUGCCUAAUAAGAUUGGUUCUUGGUCCUGGGAUUCUUCAAUAUGGUGCGUCCAAGGAACAAGCCUAGAUCAACUGUAUUUUGGUGACUCUCGAGGGAAUGUGAUGAGGGCAAACUUAUCCAGUUAUGAAAAUGCUAAACUUUCAAGAAUAUUUAAACCUGAUCGUCAGCAUCAUCACCAUCAUCAUCACGAACACGAGGAACAGAAAACAUCAAGUAAUACCGACGCAAAGGUAAAAAAAUACGGCGGCAUUCUAGAUAUUGCUCUUUUAUCAAAUGGAAAGCUGCUAUUCUCAUUCUGCACAGACUCAAACCUAAAUGAACUCAAUUUGACCGAUAACCAUUUCAGUGUCAACGAAGGAGGAUUUGCGCUAACAAGAAGUUCACUUUUAACCAACAGGAGGCAUGUAAUAACAGAAAACACGAGGGGCCAAAUGCAACGAUGGGAUAUUGUGUCAUGUGAGCUUUUAAACACUUUCGAUUUAUCAGAAGGUUCCUUUGAUGAUAUCGUAAUGAAGUACACUUCAAAGGAAAUCUUAUCCCAUUGGUGUACCGUUUCAGUUAAAGUUGGCAUGCUUUUUGUGAAAAUAAAUCCAAAAUUCCUGAAAACGGAGAUUUAUGGAUCUGCAUUGAAUGAUUAUGAGGUUGUGAACAAUAUCGAAGUCAACUCGGAUGAGAGAUAUAAUUUGGGUAAAAUCGUCAUAAAUUCACUUUUCAACGAAUUCAUAUCAUAUGAAGUUCAAAGAGAUAAACUUUUGAGGAAGAAAAUUUUUAGUUUGAAGAAGAAAGACUUAAGCAACUCAUUAACCUUAGACACCGGAUACAACGCUGAAUCCAAAAAGAAUAAUAAAGACAAGAAAAGAAAAUCAACUUUCAAAUUAGGCUCGACUUUGUCCAUUGGAAACACCAAUGGCAGUGUAACUCCACCAAAUUCGGCCCCUGCGACCCCAGUAAUGAGAGAAACUAUAGCCUUGGAAGAACAACCAUUGUUGCAAUUCCCCAUUGAUAAGACAAUGGAUGAUUCUUUAGAAUUAGUUCAACCAGUGGCUGCAUCCAAAAAACCAUAUUUUAGGACUCAAAGUUCUGGCUCUCUAUUAAGUAGAAAAUUUAAAUCUUUUAGGUCUACUUCUGGCCGUGCUACAACCGGGUUAAACACCCCAGAGGAGUCUAAAGGAAAUUUGUUAGAUAGUGCGCACGUUAUCAAUGAUGAAUCUGCAGUCCUGCAAACGAACAAUACAACUCAAUCAUCCAAAGAUGCAACCCCUGAAUCCGUUUUAUGGAACCAUCCUUUCAAGCUUGAACAAAAACUAUCUGCUAUCUCGUCGCAAGAAUUACCCAGUAACAGAUUAAGGUCUGCUGAAAGCUCCAGAGCAAACUCCGCACUAACAUUAGAGGGCAGCGAAAAUAAAAACCCGGAAUUUAUGCCUGAUUUACUUGAGCAAAUUCAAGAGUCGUACAGACAACAAUAUAUGAAUACUUCUUCCCUGAAAUAUCUGACUAAAAGGCUUCCAGUCACUAAGAUAAUCAAGGCUAGCUCAUGUCCAAUAAUCAAAGUCAAAUCCGUCACAUUAAUAUUGGUUCAUCUUUGGAAAGAAGGGUCGUGUGGCGGCAGAGUUUUAUUUUCGACCCUUUUACCACCGUCUCGUGUUGACAGUGAAAUUGUCAACGGCGGGAAAGAAAACUCUAAAGUGCCAGAUGAUGAAGAGUUAGACCUUCAGGCUGUAGAUGAUGAUAAAUUAGGGCAAUAUGAUCUUAUUGAUAGUGAUUUAAAAAACCGAUUAAACAGAAGACAAAUUUUCGAACAAUUAGAGGAAAAUUUACCAUAUUGGUUCGCCAAAGCCUUAUUUAGGGAUAUCAAGACUGUAGAAGAGCAACCGAAGUUAAAUUUCUUAAUCAUGCCGUGGUCCGUCGUUACUAGAAGCGAAAAUGACGACAAGAAGAAGGAAGCUAGUGCGUCAGAUAGCGCAGAAUCUUCCGGUAACGAUAGCAGCGAUAGUAGCCUCGGUAAUGUCAAUGAAGCUGUUUCCCCAUCCACACAGCAGCAAUUCCAUAAUAUGCUGAAGUUUGGUCGUCCGAAAACAAGUGAACAAGAAUUGAACCCAACGGAUUUACCCAAAAUUUCUGAGGCGAAUGUCAAAUUAGUUGCACCUGGAAUGAUUAGAGUGAAAAAAAUCAAGCUAUAUGUUGCUGAUAGGUUUGAAACGAAAACGCCUGAAAUGAAAGCCAAAAUAGAACCUAGUAUUUGGUUGGACUUAUUAUGCAGAGGCCAGGUGCUAGAAAACGACAUGACUUUAAACACCGUUAGAACUCUUUACUGGAAAUCUCAAGGAGACAUACUUCUAGAGUACAGAAGAAAAGUACAUAGUUCACCUCUAGUUCAUGAGGUCAAUGGGAAUGGGGGGAAAUGA